UUUUGUUAGUACGAGAGUUUUGUUAGUUAAAACACUCUCUCUAGUAUAUUCUUCUCCACACUGUACACCGUUACCGCUAUCCCGCUCCUAUACUAUUCUGCAGUAUAGCGCUAGAGACGAGCGCCACCUGCUGUCAUUUCUGAUCGGUUAGCUUGCAUUGAGUACAGCCCAGUGUAGCAUCCUGGACAGAGAAAAUGGAAAACUUUAAACAGGCAAGAGAGAACCGGCAGAGUCUUUUGACGGCUUCUCACCAGUAUUUGAUUAACGUUCUGGCUUCAGUCCUGAGUUUGGAGGAGUCUGUGGCUGAGGAGUUCAUUCUUGAUUCACCAUCUUUGGACCCAAUUGAUGAUUUCUUUGCCAAAGGAGGAACAAAAUCAAUUAUAUUUGUGUAUCAAGAAUCAGAAGUACCAGGAAUAGAAUGUGGUCGCACUUUUCCUGGUGUUGAAGAGGGAGCCAAAAUAAUGCGGCUGUUUCUGGCAAACCUACAAGAGACAGAUCUUAAAGGGCUUUGUCUUUUUUUCAUGAAGAACAAUGUGAACGUUGCCAUCAACCCAGAUAAUAUCCAUCAGGAGAUCAGCUUCUUCACGCUCAAUGCCUCAGAGGGUGUUCUAAAAGGACAACAAGAUUUGUUAUCAAAGGUGUAUUUACCUGCAAUAGGUGCAACGGAGGACUGGGGCAUCCUAACCAACACUGAAGAGGAAGGGAAAAUCAAGCAGGAUUUUACAGAUGUUGUCUCUAACUACAUCAAAUUCAUAGAUGAAACUCGGACAAUGCUGGAAUGUAGUCAGCUUUCAGAACCCUCCGAUAUUGACUUUUCCACGCUUGUAACUCUCGACGAUAUGAAAGCAGCAGGUGCAGAUGCAGACAUGGUGCGCAAAUGUGAGGAGGUUCUGAUGGUGUGGUGCAGCGAGAUUGAUGAGGUGCUCACAAAAAGUGAAAUACAAAAAGAGGAUGAAACAGCAGGAAUUGUAACUGAAAUUGAACAAUGGAAGAACAUGGCAUCUAAGUUCAGUUCAAUCAAUGAACAAAUGAAAGGGACCAAGAUCCAAACUGUGUUGAACUUCCUCUUGGUAAUCGAAUCGAAGAAAAUGAAGAUCUGGCAGUCUAUGGAAACCAGAUUAAUGGAACACUUAAAAAAUGCAAAGGACAAUAUAAAACUUCUGUCCGUGCUCGAGAAAAACUGUCAGCCUCUUUACAACUUUGAUCCAGUCACAAUGGCCAAAAGUAUCCAGUUAAUCACAAAGUCCAUCUUCAUGAUACAGUAUGUCUCAAGAUAUUACAGCAGCUCUCAACAUAGCACUUUACUCUUCAUCAAGGUUACCAAUUUGUUGCUAACAGGCUGUAAAGCAUACAUCACUAAUAAUGGUAGUGCUCAAAUUUGGGAUCAAGACCCAGAAAUCAUCAUAAAAAAGAUAGAGGAUUGUGUGGGCCUGUUUUGGGAGUACCAGUCCUGCUUUCACAAGAUAAAGGAAGAAAUUCUUGAACAGAUGCCAGAAGGAAAAAUUGAAGUGUUUGAGAAACCCAUAUUUGGCAAAUUUGAGAGAUUCUGCAAAAGGCUACAACAGAUAUCUGAGAUGUUUACAGUCGUGAAAACGUUCUCCUCUCUCAACCAAUCGAAAAUAGAGAGAAUCGACAUUCUAGCUCAAAAGUUUCAGGAUAUUUGCACCAACAUGAAGAAAAACCAAGACAAUGCCCUGGACCAUGGGAAAAAAGAGUUUGAAGUUGAAUUUGCAGAAUUUAUGUUGCAGAUUAACAACUUGACGGUUGAACUGGAGGAUUUUAUAAGAAAACGUAUUUCCGAAUCAGGUCCAAAUGCAGUGAACCUUCUGCAAAGGUUUCAAAAUCUUAACAUGCCCUGCCUGGAAGCAGAAAUCUCCAAGAACUAUAACCUCAUUCUAAAGCGCCAAGCUUCAGAGCUUGAACAUGUAAAAGAGCACUUCCACGCCAACAAAGACGACCCUCCCCUUGUCCGAAACAUGCCUCCAGUGGCUGGCAGGAUUCUCUGGGUCAGAAAUCUGUUAAGCAAAAUUGAGGAGCCCAUCAGGAACAUUCAGGAAAACACUGACAUGUUGUCCACCCCUGAAGAAAAGCCACUCGUGCAGAUGUACAACAGAACUGCUGCUGCGUUUCUCUCGUUUGAAAUUCUGAAGCACAGGGUUUGGAUGAAGGAGGUCUCAGAACUGUUGAAUUACCUGCAGGUGGACCAUCCUAGAUUUCACAUGAUCAUCAGAGAAGCUAGACUAAUACAGAAAAUGGGACUGGAGGUUCCUGAGAAGACUCUGAUCUAUUUAUAGACAUUUACCCAGUAUGACAUGGUGAUAAAUACAAAAAAGUUUCCAGAACAGCAUGGCUCUCAUUCAGAUGGACUUGGAUGUCAGAUGUUUUACAGCACAAUGUUUAUGGUUAAUCAAACAGUUGUCCAUAUUGAUGCAUAAACGUUUUGUAAACUUA